CAGCGACAGCAGCAGCAGAAGCAAGGUUUUACGGCAGUGUGGCAACGACAGCGACGUGAAGGUCCUUCGCCUGAAAAACGAAAUAUCCAAAAACGAAACCAGGGUAAUAAAGUGCAAACAAAACACUAGAGAGAACGAAAAAAACAAAUGAGCGUUUUUGAUUUGUUUAGAGGUUUUUUUGGCUUCCCAGGAAACAAUUUCCACGAAGACAGAAGAAGGGACCCGUUCUUUGAGGGAAUGACGCGCUCGGAGGAUGACGAUGGUGAUGAUGAUGAUGAAGAGGAGGAGGAUGACGGUGGAUUCGACCGGUUCUUCAGCGGAGGGGGGAGGGGGGAGAAGGGAUAAUCCCGACGGGAUGCGCUUCCACGACAGACUCGGGAUCGAGGAGCUUCUCCGGGGAGUGGAUGACCUGUUCAGAGGGGCGUGGGGCUCGGAGCUUCCCUCCCGACACCGCGAGCACCCCAGUAUUGGACCCCCGGAUUCUGAGGCGCACAGUCAGGGGGGCGCUUCUCUCCGGGACUCGAUGCUCAAACACCCCGACAGCACCCCCGCUCCGGGAGGGGGUACCCCUGCCCCCCGCACCCCUCCCGGGGACGACUCCCCUCUCCAGAAGUACGAGGACAGGUGGAGAGGGUUCGAUCCGAGACACGAGGCGGACUCCAUGAAGGAGGACAAGGAUCUCGAUUCCCAGGUAUCUUCAGAAGGUCUCGACACGAUCCUCAAGCCCAAGAUGAAAUCCUUCUUCAAGAGCGUCUCUGUGAUGAAGAUCGUGGGUCCUGAUGGGGCGGUGGAGGAGAGGCGCACAGUGAGAGACAGCCAGGGGAACGAAGAGACCACAGUGACUCGGACCCGGACAGACCAGCGAGACGGAGAGCGAGAGGGUGCCUCGGCGCAGUUCACGGACACGCUGCCAGACUCCUGCCUGCAAGACGAUUUCUCCGUCUUUUCAAAAAUUUUCAGAGGAUUUUUCACCGGCCGAUGAGCAAAUAGGGCCAAAGCGACUUUUGCUUACUUGUACAGCAGGUGCAGGAAAAACUCAAGUGGUGUUUUGAAUGUAGAAGAAACAAAAGGAAGAAUUCAAUACAGAAAGAUAGAGUCCAGGGACGGGAAUCAGACUCCCGCUGCACAGCACUGUGAUCCAGUCCUGGUUUCACUGUGAGUUUAAUAAUCACACACACCUGAGCUUGUUAGCUAGACACACUGGGGCUGAUCAAGCUGGUAGUAAAACCUGGCACGGAUCACACUGCUGUGCGAUAGGAGUUUCCAGUCUUGCUGUUUACUGGAUAGCAGGACUGCAUUGCAGUUUGACUGUAUACAGUGUUUAUUAUUAUUAGCCCUCGAUAUGGAUUUGAAAUGUUUAUUUGUUUAUUUUCCACAGCCUGCAGUGUAACGUCUUGAAACCACCCCUGUAUUCAGCAAGAGGGCGGUCAGCGGCCGUGUCAAAUGCAUCAACCCUUAUGAUAAAACCAUCUCUCCAAAAAGACCAGCAUUCUGUGUCUUUAUAAUUUAGAUCAAUUAAAAUUUACACACAGAUCUACAGCCUACCUCUGUACAGCGCUCUGUGUGUGUGUGUGUGUAUAUAUAUUUAAUCAGUAUAUUAGAAUCCCAGUUAGGAAGUGUAUUUCAUACAUGCUUAUAGAAGAAAACUAACAAACUCAAUCCAGUCAAAGUUGUAUAAAAAGCUGAAAAUAAAUAAAGAAAUGAA